AAAGCAGCUCUCAACAUAGCCCGUACUUCCUUAGAGAGGUACAUCAACCCAUUCCUUCAUCCAUCCAUCUGUACCUCCUCACAUCACGACACGCACCACUGUGUCAGUUCGCCCCGUGUAAGGAGCUCCUUGGCUGCGCUGACGCUCUCGCUCUGCCCCCUCCUCAGUCCGCCACCAUGGAGGAGCUCCAGAGAAAACUGAAUCAGCGCUAUGAAGGCACCAAGCCCAGAAAGGUGAGGUUUAAGCUGGCGUCGUCCUACAGUGGCCGGGUGCUGAAGCACGUGUAUGAGGACGGUCAGGAGCUGGACAGUCCGGAGGAGAAGUAUCCUCACAGCUUCGUCCACCGGAAGAUUCCCCCCAGCCACCUCGAGGUGGAGCAGCUCUGUGGGUUUGAGGAUACUCAUGGGGACCAGCCGGGUGUCUGUCCUCCAACAGGGCUCAUUGCCCAGAGAAUAAAUGUGUACAGAGGAAUGGGAAGCUACAAGCCUACUGCCGGCCUGACCGGGGAAGGAGAGGGAGAUGCCAAAUCCCAGGUGUUGGACUUUGGGAAGAUAAUCAUCUACACCAGCAAUCUGCGCAUCGUGAGAGCACCGCCGAGGAAUCCUGAAGCACUGCGACACCAAACAGUGCCCCGUGUGGACUUUGAGGGACCCCCAAAGGCCAGGGAGAGGCCGAGCAGGAGGAGGGCCAAAGCUCCGUCUACACGGGACGGCGAGGAGAGGGAGGAGAGACAGACCAGCCACACAGAGACCGAGGUGGCUGACAGCUGCCAGCAUUGUGGCGGCUCGGGAUGCGCCCCUUGCUCCCUGUGUCACGGCAGCAAGCUGUCUAUGCUGGCAAAUCGCUUCAAUGAGUCCAUCAGUGAUCUGCGUUGCCAAGCCUGCUACCCCCAUGGUCUGGAGAAGUGCCAGUCCUGCUCCGGCAAAUAGCACUUGUCUGAGACCCAUGUGUGGUAGUGACUGAGUGAGUGAGUGAGUGAGUGAGCGAGCGAGUGAGUGUGUGAGUGAGUGAGUGAGCGAGCGAGUGAGUGUGUGUCCGAAUUGUCUCAGUGGCAAUAUUGCUCUAAUCCAAAAUGUUCUUGGUGGGGUGUUUCGAAGCACUAUAUGGGGAAACAUAAGCCAUCAUUGGAAAGGGGAAUUGUGACAGUGCAGCGGGGCACAAAAAUCAUACAUUUCAAUUACCGUGUGCAGUGAAAAUGGCUUGCGACAACACAAACACAUAAUCACUCUUUUGUUGUCACAUUAUUUUGCAUCUGCACCCUCCUUCCCUGACAAAACCCGGUUCCACAACAGAGUUAUCAUUCUCAUUAAAAUGAUGCAAACAUUUUGCAUUUGAUUAUUAUUAUUUUUUUUUAUCUGCCGGGGAGGCAGCGCUGUUCCUAUCGCCUCACAUUAUUACCGAGAGAGAAUAAAGCAUUUUUCAUCCCAGCAUCGCAUACUGCAUGAGAGAGGAAACAAAAACAAAACAACAACAGAAGAGCGAAAAAAGAGACUGGAGGAUAAACAGGUUAAGAUGGAAAGGAAAAUAUAAACAGAGUGAGAGACGAUAGUUUCAUAAAUGGUCACAACGUAAAUGAGGCGGUUAAGAUUAAAGAUGGCAAAACGCUGCACUGAUUUGAGGAUAGUGAUAGCGUCUCAAAGAAAGCUCCUGUUUGAUAGUAAGGAGAGAAGUAGCGCACUUGUUAAAAACCACAUUGUAAGCCUACAGAGUAUAAAUCUGUAUAGAAAAUACAGAUUUUUGAUGUAUAUCUUAAAGCUCCUUUUGUUGUGAAAGAAUUCCAUAUGAGAUGGACUCUAUAGAGAAAAGAAGAGAGACAAAGGUUAAAUAAAUGGUAACAAUAAUCUCAACCAGCUCAGGAGGUCAGAUGAUGGUGAAUGUGAUGUUUUAUUUUGAAUUAAUAGUCUACUCUCAGGUUUUUGCCACUCCAACUUAUU